CAAAACAACCCUUAAAUCCCAACCCUAAAUCUCUCUCAACUCUCAAGUCUAUUGCCGCCCUCCCCUCCCCCAUUCGGCCUCUUCGUCACUCAUUUGGUACAGCCGUGCCUCCCGCCAAUCGUUCCUCUGCUCCACGCUGUGAACGUCGUUCUGCGUCCGGUCGACUUCACUGCAAAGAUCUGGAUCUGCCCCUUUUGUUUCCUGCGCAAUCAUUUUCCUCCUCACUACUCCAUGAUCUCCGAGACCAAUCUCCCUACUGAGCUCUACCCUCAAUACGCGACUGUGCAAUACACACUUUCUAACCCUAAUGUUAAUCCCAAUAUUCCCGGGAACGCAGCUCCUGCACCAUCGGGUUCACUUGUUUUCUUGUUCGUUCUCGAUACGUGCAUGAUCGAGGAGGAGUUUGGGUUCGUAAAAUCGGUUCUCAAACGCGCGAUCGGGUUGUUGCCGGAUAACGCGCUUGUUGGGUUUGUUUCGUUUGGAACGCAGGCGCAGGUUCAUGAAUUGGGAUUUUCAGAUAUGUCGAAGGUUUAUGUGUUUAGAGGCAACAAGGAGAUUUCCAAAGAUCAGAUUAUGGAGCAGUUGGGACUUGGCGUUUCGGGCAGGAGAGCCCCUGUUGGAUACCCACAGAAAGGAAUGCAAAAUGGGUUUCCAAUUCUUGGCGUUACUCGCUUCUUAUUGCCCGCAUCCGAGUGCGAAUAUACCCUCAACUUUCUUUUGGAUGAGUUGCAAACGGAUCAAUGGCCGGUUGCUCCUGGGAAUCGAGCUUCAAGGUGCACAGGAGUGGCCUUAAGCGUGGCUUCAGGAUUACUUGGAGCUUGUUUGCCUGGAAUUGGCGCCAGGAUUAUAGCUUUGGUUGGUGGUCCAUGCACAGAAGGGUCUGGAGUUCAACAGAGAAGAAGUUCAUGGCAAGACGGACUUCUGGGGACUAACUGUCCAAUUCCUCCAAAGUGGAACUGGACCUACCAGUUUCAGGUUAAGGAUCAGAUUGGGAGUUUCUUUUACUUCCCUUCUCUUCAUAUGCAGAGAGCCUCUGGUGUAUAUGGUAGCUUCAUUAUAAAUAAUAGGCCUAUUAUUCCAAUUCCUUUUGCUACUCCAUAUGACGACAUUAUCAUUUUGAUUGGCGAUUGUACAAAAGGAACCAUACGGCUUUGAGAAAGGCCCUUGAUGAAGGGAAAGAUCUUGGAAUGCCAGAUGGAGUGCUUAUUAAUGGCAAAAGUCCCUGUCAGUAUAACACCACACUUGUUCCUGAUGGUAUUGACUAUGAAACUAUUGAAGUCCAUCCAGGUACUAAACCUGGAGAAUAUGGACAAAACCAGGCAUUGGAAAAUCGUGGGUUGUAGCGCAUACACAGGGAAGGGGCUGCUUGAGGAAUUUGAUUGGUUGGUUCAGGACAUGAUGAUACCUUAGGAUCUAGUCAAUAUUAAGCAAUAGAGUUAGGGUUUUUUUUAUUGGCCCUCUCAGAGAACUGAUUAAGGUCCAUUUGUACUGUUUUAUUAACUAUCUUAUUGUUGUGGAAUUUAGUCAAGCUGUGAAUUCGACAAAAGAAAGAAAAGUCAAGCUGUGAAACUUUUUGGGUCAAUAGUAUUAUUGAAACUUUCAAUGGGAA